AUGUUAGAUAUUCCUAGGACUCGAUUCCAAAUAUCCCCUAAUGCGGAGCGGAAAUACUGGGGAUUCGCCUCCUCGUGUCAAGAGGUCCAAGAGCGCAACGGGCCGUUCCCAUUCUCUCUCGGCAUAAUCCCCGAGGUCUUUCGAGAUGACUUUCACAUUCCCGCAUAUCGGAACAUUGCAUCCUACGGAGGACUUCAUUUGCCAAUUGUUCCACUCCGGUAUGAUCGGCAUGAGCUGUCAUCAAAUGCCCUUUUCAGUGCCCAAGCUCUGAGUCGUGGCAUGUUUGAUUCGGUCUUUAAUGGUACAUGCCGUCUGAGAGUGCCAAUCAUCGUCUACCUGCAUAUCCAUCCUACAAUGUUAUGGAUCUGCAUCGAUGAACUGAUCAAGACGCAGGCAUCACGCCGACCUGCAGCACAUCAGAUCAUUGCUCCGUCCUCCGUCCUCCGUCCUCCAUACGAAGUCCGUAUGGAGGACGAAGGACAGAGUACAACAUCCACAAACCCUGUUGUCGUGCUUUGGUCUAGCGGGCAUACAUUCACCCUAGCCAAUUAG